UGCAACAAAAACCCAUCUGUUAACCCACCCCUCUCUUUCUCUCUCCUCUCUCCGGUGGUCCCCCCGGCCCUGUUUCUCUCUCUAAAACCGGAAACGAACGGCGGCCGGAAAAAGCUUCCGGGUCGCCGACGGCGAGUUUCCCGACGACGAUGACGUCGGAAUCUACGACGGCUUCGUCAUCACCGGCAGCUGCAGCGACGCAGACGCUAAUGACGCUUGGAUCUGUGACCUCCUCCUCCUCUUGAAGAAAUUGAAUGCCUUGAACAAGAAAGUCCUCGGAAUUUGCUUCGGUCAUCAGGUGUUAUGUCGUGCAUUGGGUGGAAAGACUGGUAGGGCCCUAUCUGGCUGGGACAUCGGAAUCAGGACCGUACACAUGUCCCCGUCAUCCAAAGUCUUCUCAUCUUUCAAGAUCCCUUCAAUGUUGUCGGUGAUUGAAUGUCACCGAGACGAGGUCCGCGAGCUUCCACCUAAAGCGGAAGUGAUCGGAUGGUCAGAAAAGACGGGGAUCGAGAUGUUCAAAUACGGGGACCACAUGAUGGGCAUCCAAGGACAUCCAGAGUAUACCAUGGACAUUCUUCUCCAUCUGAUUGAUCGUCUCGUUCAACGUAAUUUCAUCAUGGAAACAUAUGCCAAGGAGUUGAAGGUUAAAGUGGAAGAAGGAGAGCCAAGCAGAGAGGCAUGGAAAAGGCUCUGCAUCAACUUUCUCAAGGGAGCCUCUCAUGAUAAUAAGAUUACAUUUUAGAUGGAGAGAGAGAGAGUAUUUUGUAUAGGAAAGAUAAUUAAUGAAGAAAUUAGGAUUAAAAAUUAAGCACUUUGAUUAGGAAGUUGGGUGAAUCACAAUUUUUUUUUUUUAAUUUGGUGCUAAGCAUAUUACUUGAAUAUCGAAAGACUUUUUGAAGACUAAA